AUGGCCACCGCACCCUCGGCCCUCCCACCUACCACCAUCCGCUCCUCCAUCCCGAUCACUCAAUCCGCAGCGCACGACUUCCUAGCCGCGUACCUUGACCGCGCCAACACAGAUCCUGCCCUGCAACCGAAUUCCGGAAUCAGCGAACAUGGACCUGUCUCGCGCACCACCGCCGCAGCUCCCAACCUCAUCCUCCACAACUUGAAGCGCGUGCAGACCGGUCUCGCCGGGGAGGUGCUGGGUCGGGAUUUGAGCAUCGUUGGGGAAGAGGGAACCGUGCAGCCCCCGGGGCAAGAUAACGGAGACUGGCAGGACGCCAAGCAGUUCGAGCAGGAGGCGACUGGGGACGAGCAGCAGGAUUCGAUGGAGGUCGACGCGGUGCAACAAGAAUUGAACGAAGAUGAGGGCGCUGGAGGCCUCGAUAAGGAAGAGAGAAAGCGCAAGAAGAAGGAGCGCAGACUUGCCGAGAAGAAGGCUAAGAACAACGCGGCAUAA